AAGAGAGCAAGCCAGCCGCCUUCAAAAAUGGCGUCUUCAAAGGAAAAUGACUAAAAAUAUAAAAAAACGAGGCCUACUUUCUACCGUUUUCAUUGCUUUUUAUUUUAUUUUGUAUGAUUUCUAGACUUCGCAAUAUCGUCGUCAUCGUUAUUUUCUAAUGUAAAAACAGAAGGAAGGGUAACAGGCUUUAUAAAUAGCAAUCCAAUUUUAUUUUGAUGCGUCGACAGGGCUAGCUAGCUCCAAGCUAGCCCACAGCAAUUUCAGGGUGGGAAGGUAUUUUGCAUGUUAAAAAACACGAUUAUAUGAUAUCCUAUCUUAUCGUUUGAUAGUAUUUGCAACAGUUGUGAGAUAUCGAUGGUAGCUAAUCUUAUCAAUCGCGGCAUUUGUUUUUGUAGUUAAAAUAAAGAGGAUGCGAUACGGCACGAAACGAGGACGCGUUUGAUCAAAUGUUUCUCUGCAUUUUAUCGAUGAUUGAUAAAUAUAAACGUAUCAUGAUUGUGUAUAACGUCGUUACAAAUUGGCAGUUGUGGAAAUGAUAUUUGGAGAAAGCGAAGGAAAGGAGAAAGACUGAUUUUUUUUGAGGUGGUUGGAGUACACCCCCAGACCCCCCUCUUUUUCAUCCUGCUUUCUCCUCCCCUCCAUUUCUCUUUCAAUAUGUUAUUUCCAAUCCGAAGGAUUUGCUUAUGAAGCGAGAAAAUUCGUCUAAAAUCGAUCACGGGGAAGACUGAUAAUCAAAUUCAGUGAAAACGUAGACUCCCGUUGCUAUCGUGCUUGUCACACAUCUCUUAAAUGCAAAAUGGAUAGAAAUUACACGGGAACAGGGUUCGGUGAUUUGGGUGCAGGAGCGGGCUGGAGUUACGAGAGAUCGGCGAAAGCAAGUCUCGUCUAUGGAAGCUCCAGAUCAUCACAUCCUGAGUCGGAACUUCUCCAUCGACAAGCCUAUGGCACUCCCCACCCUUUGCAGGGCUAUGCCACCAAUCACCACCCGGCUAGCUCUGGCCAGGGCGGGGCUUGGGGAGCAGGACGGAGUUUGGGCCUUUCUGGACUAUUUGACACCGGUUUGCACCACGCCAGCCCCUCUGGUGCAGACGCCUCAGUCAUGAACCUGAUCUCUGCUCUGGAAUCCCAACGGGGUCCCCAGCCUCCACCUUCCGCCUCCUCCCUGCUGUCCCAGUUCCGCACGCCGUCAUGGCAGACAGCGAUGCAUACCCCGGCACCUGCUGAGCUUUUCAUCUCCGGGGCCCUUCCGGGCUCGGGCUCCUUCCCUUCUUCCUCAGCUCUCUCGGCCUAUCAGCACCCAGCUUCCUUCUCUAGUCGCUCUUUCCCCACCCUCCAGGACACGCCCACAUUCAGCCCCACAUCUAAUGGACUACUAUCCCCCCACGACCCUCUGCUGCACAUUAAGGGUCCUUCCCAGUCCAGCCUGGGCUUCGACCGUCUCUUGUCCUCACAGGGUGCUUCUGCCUACCGAGGAAGCCAGGAUCCCACGGGUGCCUCGUCGGCCCAGGCCUCAUCUGCGCGCCACCUCCAGUCCCACCAGUUCAACCUGCUGUCCUCCCAGCUGCAAGACCAGUCCUCUCAGUUGUACAAUGCCUCUGUGUUCUCAUCAGCUCAGGCUCAAGCUCAAGCUCAGGCUCAGGCUCAAGCUCAGGCCCAGUCUAACUCGGCCCAGGAACGAGCUGUGCCCCGACAGGACAGCGUGAUCAAGCACUACCAGCGGCCUACGCCAUCCCAGUCCCAGCUCUCCUCCUCGGCGGCCCAUUCCUUGCAGCAUUAUCUCAGUUGCGGGGGGCCCGGGUACCAGCAGAUAGCUCACCACCGACACACUGGGCUCUCUUGCAGUCCUUUGGGUGACCAGAGCCCCUCCUCGGACCCCAAAGGCUCUUCCCGAACGGAACAAAGUUACCGGCCCAUCAUUCAGCCUCCUUACUCAUCCUCUGCCCCUACUUCAGCAGCAGCAAAAGGCGGAAAGGCCAACUCUAGCAGUGGCUACUCCUCAGCCAGCUCGGCGUCCUCCUCUCGCACCCCUCACACGCCCCCUUCGGCAUCUUCCUCUUCUUCAACCUCCUCCUCUUCCUCCUCCGCGUCUGGGGCUCACCCUUCAAACUCCAUUCCUCCCUCCAGCUCAAGCUCGGCUCCCUCUAGACAGCAGCCUCCCCCUCAGAGCGCUUCUGUUCCCCCUGGUCCCCAGCAGCCCGCUCCUACCUCGUCUACUUCUGCCCAGCAUUCCUUACCCAAACACAGCCUCUCAGGCUAUGGCUCCCCUGUGCCCUCUGUGAAAACUCCUGCUUCUGCUCUCACAGGCCAAACACCACCGCAACAGCAGACCCAGUCGUACUCGCCCAGCCAGCCCCCUCAAUCCCACCUUCCCCAAUCCUAUGGUGGCUUCAGCUCCCCGCAGGCACAGGACCUGAGCUCAGCUGGGGGAGGAAAAGGAUAUGGGAGCUUAGGAGGCCGAAGCCAGUCGUACUCGGCAGAAGUGGUCUAUGGGUCUGAUUCAGCCUAUGGGUCUCUCCCCUCCUCUCUGGGUGGAGCAGGAAGUCCAUCGCUAGGUUAUGGUCCUGGCCACUCCCCUGCCCUUUUACGUUCGGGUGGAUCGUCUGGGGGUGGGGCAUCUGGGGGCGGUGGUAGCAGUAGCUCAGGAGGUGGGAACUCCGGCUCAGGAGGAGCCGGUAGCAGUAUGGCCAAUGAGAGAGGAGGUGGUAGCGGUGGAGGUUCUUACCAUAUCCCUGAGUCGAGCCCAUCCCCGUCAGCCAACUCUGGGAUCGCCCGUCCACGAUUGCACUCCCCUGCCCCUUCCUGCCCAACCCAGUCACCGGGAGGAACAGGCUCUAACAAAUACAUCUCCUCUGUCCUCUCACCCACCUUCAUGUCCUCCCCUCAGGGCUACCCCGACACAAGAGGCCCUCGGUCCCAACCCCAGUCCUACCAUCCUACCUCCACCAAGACCAAGUCUGACCCCAGUGGCAUACUAGGUGUGGGCUCCCAGAGGUCUCAAGAGGAAGUGGAUGAUGAAGACUUCUUGAUCCAACACCUUCUCCAAGCCCAGGCCAGUCCCACACCCCAGGUCUCCCACCACCACUCCCAGCAGCAACAACCUCAACAGCAAACUCAGCAGCAGGCACCCCCGCAACCUGUCCCCUCCACCACGGAUGGUGGCAAAGGACUGUCAUCCUAUGAACUGGGCAAGAGCUCAGAGGAGAGGUACCACCUCCAGAGUGUCAUCCGCACCCACAGCGCCACUUCCAGCGCUGGCACCGGAUCAGGCGGGGCAGCCACGGGCCUGGACAACCAGCUGGAGAUAUCUCUAAAAAAACAGCAACAUCAACAGCAGCAACAGCAACAGCAGAGGAAUGACAGAGGAGGUGGCAGCCGGAGUGGCGGGGGAGGUAGAGCAGGUUCUGAGCAAAGCCACCCUCACCUCCACCACCAUGACUCCUUGGGGUCAGUGGUUCACUACAGCCGGGGCGACCCCUACUCCCAGCACUCCCUGGGCCCCCAACACCCUCCACACCCUCAGCAGCACACUGCUUCGCAUGCUCACCUUCAGUCCCACGCUCACAUGGAGCUGCAGAAGAAGCCGCAAGAGCAUUCAGACCUGGUGUACCCACGGAAGACCCCCGAGGCCCAACAGCAGCAGCAUUCUCAGUCUCAAGCUUCAGCCUCCCUCAUGGAUUCCCCCACAGACCAGUCCCGCCAGCCACCCCACCUUCUCCAGUCUGUGUUGUCCCACACCACCCGCAACAAGAUGGAACCCCAUCAGCAACAGCAGCAUUCAGUAAAUCAACAACAGGCUAUGAUGGAUGGAGCUGGAGGACGAAUGAGCGCGAGCAAACACCAGCCUCCAACUCAGCAGGCCUCCCAGCUUCAGCUACAACUCCAGUCCCAGGCUUUGGAGGCAGCUGCAGUGACUGCUCACUAUAGCCACGCCCCUCCUCAGCAGGACCAGAGUCAGGCCAAGCAACAACAGCAGAGCUCGGUGGCAUCCUCCCUGGACAUGCUGGAGCGCUCACUCUCCCAGACGUCCAGUACAGAUGGUGGUGGAGUAGAGGAGAGAAGAGGAGGUGGUGCAGGAAGAGGUGGAGGGAAUGGUGACCGCCACAGGCAGCAGCAGCAAGAGCAGCAGCAGAGGCUCUCGUCUCACCUCCCAUCCCAUCACCCACAACACUCUGCCUCUGAGCUCCACUCAUUCCUUUCUGAGCCCGACUUGGGCUUAUCCACCCCCUCUCACGUCCAUCACCUGCCCCAGCACCUCCAACCGCAGCAACACGCCAACUCGCACCACCAGCAGAGCCACACGGGGCACCACCCCCACUCCCAAAGCCACGCUCAUCCCCAGUCCCACCACAUGCCCCCCCCCUCAGGUUCUAACCACCCCCAGCAACAGGAUUCUCAGUCCCACCAGUCUCAGCUUGCCUCGGGUCAGCAGGUCCAAAUGGACCAGCAGCAGCGCUCCGAGCAGCACCCGUUCGACACAGUCAGCCCUGUGGAGAAAAACGGCGGACAGAGCCAACAGAGCCAGAACCGCUUUGUGCCGCUCACAUCCAUCUGCUUCCCAGACUCGCUCCUGCAAGACGAGGACCGCUCCUUCUUCCCCGGCAUGGAGGACAUGUUCUGCUCGGAUGACUACUCCAAGUCCAGCUGUGCCGGAGGUGGUGCUGCCCCGGGGCAGGAGGAGAUUAAUCAAGACGGUUCAGGAGCAGGCCAUGAGGAGGCCAUGAAGGCUAAUUCAAGUGGGGGAAGUGGUGGGGGAAGUGGAGGAGCCGGCUAUGAUAUGUUAGGCCACCACAGCAGCAACCAGGGCUACGGGCAGUACUGCCAUGGUCUCCCCGAGUCAAACAAUAGCACCAUGCAUCUGGACCUGGAUACACUCAAGACCCACGAGCUGCCCUCCACAGUCAAUACGGAGCAGCUGGGCCUAAUCCAGUCGCAGGGCCCUGGCAUAGGCAUGGGUGGCACUGGCCCGGGGAAAUUGUCCUUGGGUCCGGGCGGGGGAUCUGGUGCAAGUGGCACCGGCCCCGGAGGCCUCACCUCUCCCAUAUUUUGCUCCUCACGCCCCAAGAAGCUCCUUAAGUCGAGCUCGUUCCAUCUACUCAAGGAACGCCGGGACCCUAACACGCUGCCCAAGAAGAGCUAUGCACAGGAGUACGAGUUUGAGGACGACGAGGACAAGGACAACCAGCCAGCAGACAUCCGCCUGAACAGCCGCCGGCUCCCCGACCUCCUCCCUGACCUGGUCUCCAGCUGCCGUAAGACUGGCGGUGUAGGUGGGACCGGAGGAGGUACGCUAAGCCCCCUAAUGGGCGACUUGGACUUCUAUCACUCAUCCGGGUACCCCUCCCUCGGCCCCUCUCCCCAGCUCCUGCCUCAGGACGGGCCUAAGAAAAGGGGUCGCAAGCCCACCAAGCCAAAGAGAGAGGGGCCACCAAGGCCCAGGGGUCGACCUCGCAUUCGCCCGCAGCCCGAGCAGCACACACCCCGCGGAAUGAUGGGUGCUGAAAUGGGUGUAGGAGGCACUGGUGCAGGAGGCGGGUAUGGAGGUGGAUUAGAUGGCAAACGGGGCAGGGGCCGUGGUGGUGCAGGAGGAGGCAGGGGGAGAGGGAGGAGAGAUGACAUGUUUAUGGAGAUGACUGGAAAGGAACAGAUGCAGCAACACCACCUUCAACAACAGCAUCAACUGCACCACCCGGGUCCACUGUCACAGCACCAGGAGCCCAUACCAACUCUUAAGAUUAAACUACCUGUAGGCUCCAUGUCCUCUUCUGACGCCUUGCUGAGGACAGACUCUCUAUCUGGCACGGAUCCUGCCCUUUCUGAUGGCUCGGUGGGCUCUGCUCCCUCCCUUGGCCUGAGUCCGGGGCUCCCGUGCGGAGGGGCAGAUUCCAGCAGGACCCAGGAGAAGAGCAAGCAGAAGAAUCAGAUCCUGAAUGACGGCGUGGAUGGAGAGGGGAUGGAUGGAAGAGAUUCAGAAUCCAAGGCAGGUUUCAUGGCCUCAUUCAUGGACUUCCUCAAGUCGGGAAAAAGACCUCAGGGCUUGGAUAUGCCCUUGGGAAUGGAAUCAGGAAACGGUGACACAUCCCCUCUCAAAUCUGGAGGUCUUCGUCCCUUGUCCCCAGCACCUCCUCAAUCGGUGCCCCCACCGCCGUUCGGGGACAGUGAUGGCAACAGCAGCCUUGCUCUGGGCGGCUGCCCAAGCCCCUGCAAGCGCACCCUGGACGAUGAGCUAAAGAGAAACCUGGAGACAUUGCCAUCAUUUUCAUCGGAUGAGGAAGACUCAGUGGGGAAGAACCAGGACCUGCAGAAGAGCAUCUCAUCUGCUAUCUCGGCUCUUUACGACACACCGCAGUUGGCGUCCCUCCAGCCGCCCCUGCCUCCACCUUCACCACCUCAGAAUCAAUCCAGCCAGGACCCGCUCACACCGCCCGCCCUACAGCCACCAACCCUCAGUCCCCAACCCCAGUCGCACACCCCCCACAUGGAGCCCCAGGCGGCAGAGCCUGCAGUGCUACAGCGAGAGGACCGGCAGAUGGAGGAGAAUGAUGUCGUGGAGGAGAGGGAGACAGGAGAGGGUGAGGAUGAGAGUGAAGUGAAGGACAUGGAUGUGGAGGAGCCAGAUUUGGAGAUGCUAGGUGCCCCUAAAUUGGAAGCCGCCCUCCCAGAGUCCCCAGAGGUGCCAGUCGCGCCCCCACCUCCGUCCGCCUCCCCCGCUCAAUCAUACUCUCCCUCUCCCCCACCUUCCCCCUUACCUCCCCUUUCUCUCCCUUCAUCACCCCUGCCUAUGCAGGAUGCACCGCAAAGGCAGCAGCCCUCCCCGCCUCCGAGCCCCCUCCCUCCAUCUAUUCCUUCCCCUGUCCGUCCUCCUCCUGCCUCACUUCCUCCCUCCACUCUGCCUCCUCCGUCCUCCACGCCUCCAGCAUCGGAGUCCCCGGAGCCAUCUCCAGAACCCCUGGCAUCCCCGGAAGAUGCCCCUACCCCACAGAUCACGUCUCUGCAUGUAGCCCAGAAGCAGGAGGAUGCCGCCAUCGCUGGAGAGAGUGGAGAGGAUGAGAGUGAGAGUGGAGGCGAAGGCAUUUUCCGGGAGAGGGAUGAGUUUGUGGUGCGCGUGGAAGACAUAGCAACUAUGAAGCUUGCCCUGAAGACAGGACGAGAGCCUCCCCCAAUCUGGAGGGUACAAAAAGCCCUACUACAGAAGUUCAGCCCUGAGAUCAAGGAUGGACAGAGGCAGUUCUGUGCCACAAGCAACUACCUGGGCUACUUUGGAGAUGCCAAGAGGCGCUACCAGCGUCUUUAUGUCAAGUUCCUGGAGAACGUCAACAAGAAGGACUACGUGAGAGUGUGCUCCAGACGACCCUGGCACAGACCAUCGGGACUGAGACGACAGACCCUCCCCAAAAUUGCAUCCCCGCCUCCCACCACCCAGACCCUGCCUCGAGCCGAGAGGGAACAGCGAGUGGCGUUGCCACGGGAACCUGUGCAGCGCGAACUGCGGGAGAGAAUGAAGGCAAAGAACGAACAGCGAGAGAAGGCAGCCGCAGCUAUUGUAGCAGCUGCUGCAGUAGCGGCUGUGGCGACGAAAGAAAAGAAGGAGAAAGAGAAGAACGAGUGGGAGAGAGAGAAGCAAAGGGAAAAAGAAAAGAGGGCGCAACCAUCUCAGGAAAAGCCAGAGAAACAAGCCACCUCCAUGGCAAUGGUGGAACGAGGGAAGGGGAAAGAGGAGAGGAAAGCUGGGGUGGAGAAAGAGAGGAAAGAGAAGGUGGAGCGCCAAUCCAAGUCAAAGCCUGCCAAGAUCAGGGCAGAGCCACCCCCGAAAAAGAGAAAGAAGUGGCUGAAGGAGGUCCCCUCUUCGUCUGACUCCAACUCGUCGGAGGAUGCUGCCAGCGAAGAUGAGAUGCCGGUGCGUGGUGGAGUGAACAACAGAGCCAUGCGGGAGAUGUUCAGGAGCUAUGUGGAGAUGCUGGUCAGCACUGCACUGGAUCCAGAUAUGAUACAAGCCCUGGAGGACACAGACGAUGAGCUGUACCUCCCUGGAAUGAGGAAGAUUGACAGCAUAAUCAUGGAACAGAAGAGGAGGCUGAUGAGGAGAGUCAACAUGAUUACUCAGCACCAGGAGACCCUUCACACGUACCCUCAGAUAGUGGUGGACCACCUGGAUUCAGGAACCGUGAGGAUGCGGCUAAGUGGGGAAGGCUACAACCGCAAGACUCUCAACAGAGUCAAGAAGAGCUUACCCAAACCACAGGACCUUAAACUGUCAACCGAGUCGUGUCGUAUCUACAGCCUCUAUCACUCUCUGCAUCACUAUAAAUAUCAUACUUUCUUACACUGCAAGAAAGAGACAAACAGCAUAGAGCAGGCUGCCGAGGACCCUGGUCAGGAGGAGGUGGUCCAGCAGUGUAUGGCCAACCAGGGCUGGCUAGACAGCCUCUUCAAUUCUUUCAUCGAGCUGCUCUCGCUCAGCGCCAAGGCAUGAGAUAACUGACAAGAGAGGAAGACUGACAGAAAGAAGGAUCGCGGAUGAACAAAAGGCACAGAAACAAGGGGCCCUGGAACAGAGAACUGGGCGAACAAGGGGAAUGCAAGGAAUAGAGUGGUAUGGAGACCCUAUCCCACUUGGAGUUAUGUGGAUCCGAAGGACAACUUGAAAAGCCACUUGAGGGGAAAACAAGUGUCGUAGGUGUGACCUCAGAGUAACCUUAUUAGUUGCUCAAUAAUUAAAAUAUAGAAGUGGAUUAACUUGACCUCGAGAAUGGACAAUGACCCAACAGGAGUUAGGUGGUUCCUGAUUUCCUGAUCGAGAGAGGACCUGGCCAAUCAGGAGGUAAAGACAGAAGUUAAAUAUCACAGAGAAAAGAUACCCAAGCUGAGAGGAGCAGCUAUUGCACCAAGUCGCAAAGGAUUGCCACACUGACAUCGUAAAACUGUUUUUGUCAGUUCAGAGGAAAUCUAUUACUGUUUAGUUUUUACAUAAAUUAUUUUUUUGAAAAGACUAUAACGGUAGUGUGCGGCUUUUAACGAUUGGAUGCAAGUGAGAAUGCUUUUUAAAACAUUGCAGUAGAAGAGUGCAGUAAACAGUGUGAAUAUGGGCUUGUCUGUGGAAAGGAUGCUUAAUACAUAAAUCAUAAUGGUUUUUAUUCUCUUGCUU